UCAGAGACUCCCAUCAUGAUGAGACUUAUCGUACCUCUGCUGCUGCUAGCAGGAUGUGCCGUCGCAUUCCCGAAGGUGACGAUGCUGUUCCGGGAGCCGGACAGCUACGAGGCCGAGGUGACGUGCUGCCGUGACGUCGUCAACACGCGCCACUACUACAGAGACGUGGUCAGGGUGAGCGCGCUCUACCUCAGCUCGCACGUCCGCAACGUCCACUCUGGGCUCUCGAUUCCGGAGCACGAGGACGUCAGGGUCACCCUGCUGGAGGAGACGUCUGCAGGGCUCAUCAGUCUGGUCGCCAAGGGAAGCUUCUCCGGGGUCGCAGAACCACAGAAACUCCUGAGGAUACCCAUCAGCUACACCACCAACACGGCCUCCCAGUUCAUAUUUCAGUUCUCGUUUGGUGCGUCCCUCACCUAUCCUCAGUACCCACUGUCCAAUUCGCCGGUUGCUCCCUUCAACUCCACAAACAAUUACCACAUUCUUGGUGUCGAAUACGAAUAUAUUGAGUAG